UGCAGUCAUGUGUGAGGAGAGGGUGAGAGAACACUCUAACAGGACCUGAGGGCUUCAGCUCUAGGAGACACUGGAGAGAGAACUUUAGAACUUUGUAAUGAAUGAAUAGCCCCCAAAGGAAGACCCCUAAUUUUAUCUGCUCUAUUUCUACCAUUGAGUGCCUGUUUAUUAAACAAUGUGUCCUGCUUUAUAUCUGUCCACCUGUCAGCCAUCAAGUUGCAUACACUACUUACUAUGACACCAUCCUGACUUCCCUGGUCAGACGACCUCACCAAUGUGUCUCAAAAGUCUCACCUCUCCAGAGCUCUACCUCACUAAGGAGAGACAGAAACAGGCUGGAGGGGAUAGAUCAACCUACCUACAUCCAUGUCCAGCAGAGAAGCAAUUAUAGAAACCAGACUUUCCACCUUCUAAACCCCAUAAAGAACUUUGGUCCAUCCUCCCAGAGAAGGAUCAAGAUUAGAGAAGCUUCAUGGCACACAGAACUCUGGUAGUGGGAACUGUACCCCUGUUAUUUUUCAUUCUUGUUAAGCAUUAUUAGAUCACUAAUAAAAUUAAAAAAAAAAAAAGAAUGAAAGGCACUGCAAAAACUGUCAAAUAACAGGUGUUGCACAAGAGAAGGAAGUGCUGUAAUGCUCAGUACAAGUUCCUUCCACCUACCUUCCAGUGACCAUUUCUGGUCAGAGAGAGAACUCUUACUCUAAACAACUCCAUUUCCCCAUUUCCAUUCAACCUCUGGUGUGAAGAGCUUGUAUUUGAAACAUAGAAGCAGGAUCGACUCCACUGCAAUAAGUUGAAAGAUGGCAAGAGUAAAGUGCAAAGAUCUCACUCGCUUAGAGCUGAUGCUCAUCUUUCUUGUGAUUGUGCUGUUUGUCAUCAUGAUUCCUCUGUUUGUGCUCUCAGCAAUGGAGUCCUCGCAGUCACAAGAUCCUGGGCCUCCUGAUGCUGCAGCAUGUCCGGCGGUCAAUGAGUCGGAGAGGGUCAACUGCAUUCCUGACCAGACGGCAACCAAGAUCUUAUGUGGGCAGCGUGGCUGCUGCUGGCAGCCUCAGGGGCCCAUCAAUGCACCCUGGUGCUACUACUCCAGGAAUCAUGGCUAUGCAAGGCAGGGAAGCCUUUCAAACACAAAAGCAGGUUUCACAGCACAACUGAGAAGCUUGUCAUCGUCCUCUCCAUUUGGAAAUAAUGUAGAAAAUGUCCUUCUCACAGCAGAAUACCAGACAUCCAACCGAUUCCACUUCAAGUUAACUGACCGAAACCAAAACAGAUUUGAAGUUCCUCACGAGCAGGUGAAACCCUUCACAGGAAGUGCUGCUUCUAAUUUGAACUACACUGUUGAGGUCUCACAAACACCUUUUAGCAUCAAAGUGGUCAGGAAAAGCAACCGACGUACUCUGAUUGACUCCAGCAUCGGGCCUCUCCAGUUCAGUGAUCAGUUCCUACAGUUCUCCAUCCGCCUGCCUAGUGCUAACGUGUAUGGGUUAGGAGAACAUGUGCACCAGCAGUACCGCCUUGACAUGAACUGGAAGACCUGGUCCCUAUUUGCCAGGGACACAACUCCCAAUGCUGAUGGAACUAACCUGUAUGGCACACAGACAUUCUUCCUGUGCCUAGAAGAUGCUAGUGGAUUGUCUUUUGGAGUGUUUUUGAUGAACAGCAAUGCCAUGGAGAUAACCCUCCAGCCCACCCCAGCCAUCACAUACCGCAUCAUCGGGGGCAUUUUUGACUUCUAUGUGUUCUUGGGAGAAAACCCAGAGCAAGUUGUUCAAGAAUAUUUGGAGCUCAUUGGGCGGCCAUUCCUACCUGCAUACUGGGCACUUGGAUUUCAGCUCAGUCGUUACGAUUAUGAAACCCUGGAUAACAUGAAAGCAGUUGUGAACAGAAACCGGGCAGCACAGAUUCCUUGUGAUGUCCAGCAUGCUGAUAUUGAUUACAUGGACGGGAGGAAGGACUUCACUUAUAAUCCAGUAGCAUACAGGGGCUUCCCAGAUUUUGCCAAGGAGUUGCACAACAAUGGGCAGAAACUGGUGAUCAUCUUGGAUCCAGCCAUCUCCAACAAUUCUUCUGCAAGUAAUCCCUAUGGCCCUUAUGACCGGGGUUCCAGGCUGAAAGUGUGGGUGAAUGCUUCUGAUGGAAUGACUCCACUCAUUGGAGAGGUCUGGCCUGGGAGAACAGUAUUUCCUGAUUAUACCAACCCCCAGUGCACCACCUGGUGGACAGACGAAUGUCAACGUUUUCAUAAUCAAGUGCAGUAUGACGGAAUAUGGAUUGAUAUGAAUGAAGUCUCCAAUUUUGUUGAUGGUUCCCUUACAGGAUGUUCUACAGACAAUCUGAACUAUCCACCAUUCACUCCCAGAGUGCUGGAUGGGUACCUAUUCAGCAAGACUCUGUGUCUGGAUGCAGUGCAGACCUGGGGCAAGCAGUAUGAUGUCCACAAUCUCUAUGGCUACUCCAUGGCCAUCUCCACAGCAGAAGCUGUCAAGACUGUGUUCCAGAAUAAUAGGAGCUUUAUUAUAACCCGUUCUACCUUUGCUGGAUCUGGCAAGUUUGCAGCCCAUUGGCUAGGAGACAAUGCUGCCACCUGGAAUGACCUUAAGUGGUCCAUCCCUGGCAUGCUGGAGUUCAAUCUUUUUGGUAUCCCAUUGGUGGGUGCUGACAUAUGUGGCUUUGCAUUGGACACAACUGAAGAGCUCUGCAGACGGUGGAUGCAGUUGGGUGCAUUUUAUCCAUUUUCCAGGAAUCACAAUGGCCAGGGUUUCAAGGACCAGGAUCCUGCUUCCUUUGGACCCGACUCUCUGCUGGUGAAUUCCUCCAGGCAUUACCUCAGCAUCCGCUAUUCCCUGUUGCCUUACCUCUACACCCUCUUCUAUCGUGCUCACACCCGGGGGGACACGGUGGCCAGGCCUCUUAUGCAUGAGUUCUAUAAGGACAGUAACACCUGGGAUGUGGACCAGCAGUUUCUGUGGGGACCCGGUCUGCUCAUCACUCCAGUUCUGCAACAGGGUGCAGAGAAAGUGACAGCUUACAUGCCUGAUGCCGUCUGGUAUGAUUUGGAGACUGGAGCCAAAAUGAACUGGAGGGGUAAUAAAGUGGAGUUGCAACUUCCCAAAGACAAGAUUGGACUUCACUUUCGAGGAGGCUACAUCUUCCCCAUCCAAGAGCCAGCUAUGACCACUGUGGCCAGUCGACGGAACCCUCUUGGUCUCAUCAUUGCCUUAGAUGACAAUAAAGAAGCAAAAGGCGAACUUUUUUGGGAUGAUGGGGAGACAAGAGAUACCGUGGCUAAUCAAAACUAUCUGUUGUGUGAGUUUUCUGCCACUCAAAACAGCUUGAAUGUAAGGAAUUUGCAGUCAACCUACAAAGACCCCAAUAACCUCAUAUUUAAGGAUAUUGCAAUCUAUGGGACCCAGGAACCAAAGGAUAUUGUAGUGAAACAAAAUGGCGUCACAAUUCAAAUGUCUCCUCAAGUCAACUAUGAUCCUAAACUACAGGUUGCCCAUAUCACAGAACUUAAUCUUGUCUUGGGAGAAGAAUACACAAUGGAGUGGAAGCUGGUAAUGAGAGAUGAAGAAAAAAUAGACUGUUAUCCUGACCAAGAUGGUGCCAAUGAAGCAAAGUGCCUUGCACGUGGCUGUGCCUGGGAGGUGUCUACCAUUGAUAGAGUUCCCCAUUGCUACUUUGUGAAAGAUCUAUACUCUGUCAGUGAUAUUCAGUACAACUCAAAUGGGGCCUCAGCUGUCAUCUCCUUAUCAUCUUCCCUUUAUGCCAAUGCUUUCCCCUCCACGCCAGUGAACCCUCUUCGCCUGGAUGUGAUCUAUCAUAAGAAUGACAUGCUCCAGUUUAAGAUUUAUGACCCCAACAGCAAACGGUAUGAAGUCCCAAUCCCUCUCAAUUUACCCAGAGUCCCAUCUAGCACCUCUAAUGGCAGACUCUAUGAUGUCCAAAUUGUGAAGAAUCCAUUUGGAAUUCAAAUUAUCCGUAGAAGUACUGGCACUAUAAUCUGGAACUCUCAGGUCCUUGGAUUCACCUUCAACGACAUGUUUAUCCGCAUCUCAACCCGCCUUCCCUCCCAGUACCUCUAUGGCUUUGGGGAAAAUGAACACACAGCUUUCCGGAGAAACUUGAACUGGCACACUUGGGGGAUGUUUUCCCGAGAUCAACCCCCUGGGUUCAAAAAGAAUUCCUAUGGAGUUCACCCUUACUACAUGGCACUAGAGGAAGAUGGCAGUGCCCAUGGAGUUCUCCUGCUAAACAGCAAUGCCAUGGAUGUGACAUUCCAGCCCACACCUGCUUUGACAUAUCGCACCAUAGGAGGAAUUCUGGACUUUUAUGUGGUCUUGGGGCCAACUCCAGAGCUUGUCACUAAGCAAUACACUGAGGUGAUUGGUCGGCCAGUGAUGGUUCCUUACUGGUCCUUGGGGUUCCAGUUGUGCCGCUAUGGAUACAAAAACAGCGCUGAGAUUAAACAACUGUAUGAAGACAUGGUGGAUGCCCGUAUCCCCUAUGAUGUGCAGUACUCAGACAUUGACUACAUGGAAAGGCAGCUGGACUUCACCCUCAGCCCCAAUUUUGCCGGAUUUCCAGGCCUGAUUAAUGAGCUGAAGGAACAAGGGAUGCGAGUCAUUCUCAUUCUGGACCCUGCCAUUUCAGGCAAUGAGACAAAGCCCUACCCUGCCUUCACUCGUGGUGUGCAGGAUGAUGUCUUCAUCAAAGACCCCGAUGGCGGCAACAUUAUCUGGGGGAAGGUCUGGCCUGACUUACCUGAUGUUGUUAUAAACAGUUCUCUAGACUGGGAAACUCAAGUGGAGCUAUACCGAGCUUAUGCAGCCUUCCCAGACUUUUUCCGUAGUUCAACUAUCGCAUGGUGGAAGAGAGAGCUGAAAGAGCUACACAACAAUACACAGAACCCAGCCAAGAGCUUGAGCUAUGAUGGCAUGUGGAUUGACAUGAAUGAACCUGCAAGCUUUGUGAAUGGAGCAGUCCCUCCUGGCUGCAAGAACACCAUUCUGAACCACCCUCCCUACAUGCCUCAUCUGGAAUCCAGAGACAGGGGUUUAAGUAGCAAGACCAUAUGCAUGGAAGGACAGCAGAUCCUGCCAGAUGGCACUCUGUUGAGACACUAUGAUGUGCACAGCCUGUAUGGUUGGUCCCAGACCAGACCCACAUAUGAAGCUGUUCAGGAAGUGACAGGAGAGCGAGGAAUUGUCAUCACCCGUUCCACGUUCCCUUCUUCUGGACGCUGGGGAGGACACUGGCUGGGAGAUAACACAUCUGGGUGGGACCAGCUGAAGAAAUCGAUCAUUGGCAUGAUGGAGUUCAGCCUCUUUGGUGUGUCUUAUACGGGAGCAGAUAUUUGUGGGUUCUUUAAUGAUGCUGAAUAUGAAAUGUGUGCUCGGUGGAUGCAGCUGGGGGCCUUUUACCCCUUCUCCAGGAACCACAACACCAUUGGGACCAGGAGACAAGACCCUGUGUCCUGGGAUGAUGCCUUCAAAAACAUUUCCAGAAGUGUCCUGGAGACCAGAUACACCUUGUUACCAUAUCUUUACACCCUGAUGCACCAGGCCCACACCGAGGGCAUCACUGUUGUGCGACCUCUUCUCCAGGAGUUUGUGUCAGACCGGGUGACCUGGGACAUUGACAGUCAGUUCCUGCUGGGUCCAGCCUUCCUGGUCAGCCCCGUUUUGGAGGCUGGUGCCAGAAAUGUGUCUGCCUAUUUCCCUAGAGCCCGCUGGUAUGACUACUAUACGGGUGUGGACACUGGCAAAAGAGGAGAGUGGGUCACUUUGGAUGCCCCUCUGGAACACAUCAACCUUCACGUUCGCGGGGGAUACAUCCUGCCCUGGCAAGAACCUGAACAGAACACCUUCUUAAGCCGUCAGAAUUACAUGGGCUAUAAAGUUGCCUUGGAUGAUGAUGGGACAGCUCAAGGGUGGCUCUUCUGGGAUGAUGGGAAAAGCAUCGAUACUUAUGAAAAUGGACUCUAUUUCCUGGCCAAACUCAAUGUCAGCAAGAACACACUGGAGAAUCACAUCAUUUUCGAUGGAUAUUUCAGUCGUGGAAACUCUGUGCUCUUGAGUUCCAUUGAAAUCUGGGGAGUGGCCAGUAUCUCUACUCCCAUUGUCAACAUGACUGUGCUCAGCAGGGUCAUCACACCCAAAGUCAGCUACACUGCUACAUCUCAGGUGUUAAAGAUCAAUGUGGUCACUGAAAUGGUCAGCAUACGAAACUUUAAAUCACUGACAUGGACAAACAACCCAUGAACUGCUAGAGCAAGACCAUGAUGCUGCUUUGAAAUUCCGUCUCCUUCAUGCUUAUAAAAUGAACCUGUGUUGCUGCUUGAUGAGUGAACGCCCAGUCUGAGGAAAUGUCCUAUAAGUUUUGCUGUGUGUUUAGUCUCUGUCUUAGCCCUGUAGGUUAGGAAGCAGGGGGGUGUGGAAAAAAUCUUUGUGUUACCUCAAGAGUUUCUGUGUGGCUAGUAUGGUAUCAAUGGGUCACAUCACAUCUACCGAAGAAGCACUAAGGAUGGUAUUUGGGAGACUGUGUAAUUAGGAUAAAGGACUCCUCUUUUGCUAAAUGCACAAGAAAAAUCUCCUUGUACAAUGCUAGGCUCUAGAAUUCCUUAGGGUCCAGGCUGUGGCACACUAGGGUAAGCACUCACAAUACAGUGCACAAGGACUCAGGUUCAAGUCCUUGGUCCCCAACUGGUACGGGGAAGCUUUACAAAUGGUAAAGCAGGGCUGCAGGUGUCUCUCUGUCUUCCUCCCUCUCUAUCUGUCCCUUCCAUUUCAAUUUAUUUCUGUCUCUAUCUAGUAAUAAAUAAUUUUUUUAAAAAUAGAGUUCAUGAAUAUCUCACAAGACUCUCUAGGAAGAAUGCACUAUUAAAUUGUUGGGACCGGAAGAAAAUAGGCUGGAUAUGUGGAAUUAGGGGGAAAAUAAAGAAAGGAAGAUUUAUGAGAAAGAAUGAUGAUAAAAAUAAGCGUGACAAGGAGGAAGGUGACAGAGAAAUAUUAAGAGUGGCCACUUCAUGGAGAGGAGAAGGGAGGAGCCAACUCACUUGAAAGCCUGAGGAAAGGUUAGGGAAAGUCUUAUCAUAUGGAAAAGGGAAUGAGGGUGAGAUUUAAACAGAUAGGACUGAAAGAAGUUUGGAUGGGAAAAAUAGCCUAGGUUUGCAGAGAGAGGCUUGAAAUGUGUAAACUUGUGUUUCUCUGUUCAGUGCCUAAUAUGCUUUCCCCACAGUCCACAGAAAUGCAUGUGCCUUCGACACGGGAGAAAAAUAAAUACAUAAAACUCACAA